UAUUAUUAUUAUAGUGGGAGGGGGGCUUAGCAACUUGUAUGGGUUUUGGAUUCUGGGGUGGGCACUUACACGCGUAGCCUAAAUGAAAAGCCCACACCACACCACGCAGCACAACACACAUCAUCAUCGUCUUCUCUUUGCUCUUUUCCUCCUCACAUAUUAUCUUUACCUUUUCAUCACUCAAAAAGAUAAAACAAACCCAAGAAUCUCCUGUCCGGACCUCCUCGAAUCUGAGGUAGCCAUGUCUUGCACUUCCAACGUCUUGCUAUCCCCAAACGGCUGCGUUUUGGCAUCUCCUAAGCCUCUUGGCAGAUUCCUCAGCGCCAGGUCGGUAGGACGGAAGCUUUUCGUAUCAGUCGUUAGAGCUUCUUCCGACGAUCCUGAUUGUAAUGCCGAGGAAUGUGCUCCCGACAAAGAGGUUGGGACAGUGAGUAUGGAAUGGUUGGCUGGAGAGAAGACCAAAGUGGUGGGAACGUUUCCACCUCGGAAGCGUGGUUGGACUGGCUAUGUUGAGAAAGAUACUGCUGGUCAGACUAAUGUUUACUCUAUUGAGCCUGCAGUAUAUGUUGCAGAGAGUGCCAUAAGCUCAGGCACUGCAGGGUCAUCUUCUGAUGGAGCUGAGAACACAGCAGCAAUCGUAGGAGGCCUUGCCCUUAUCGCAAUCGCCGCAGCUUCCUCUAUACUCCUCCAAGUCGGUAAAGAUGCUCCAUCUAAACCAAAAGCAGUGGACUACAGAGGACCGUCUCUCAGCUACUACAUCAACAAGUUCAAGCCUUCAGAAGUUGUUCAGGCUUCUGCCCCUAUCCUCACCGAUGCUCCACCGGUGGCUCAGGAAGAAACUUCACCGCCGGAAACUACAGCCAGUGUGGCUCAGCCGGAGGAGACGCCUUCUGUUCAGGCAACAAGUAGUACCUCUUAAGAGGUUAUUAGCCUAGGGAGGGAUUCAGUUUAUGCUGUGUAAAAGAUGACAUGAAUCAUAUACCAAGAUUAUGCGUCUUGUUAAUAUUCGGAUGUAACUAUAUGCAUACUCUCUCUUUCCUCUAUGAGUUGGUGUUAUAAAUCAAGAAUCAAAUCCUA